AUGCAGAUUAUUAUCGUGGGCGCAGGUCUUGCAGGUCUCUCGACAGCUCUCGCGCUGUCACACUCCUCCGCAAAACACCGGAUUGUCCUACUUGAGUCCGCCUCGGCUUUGGCAGAGAUCGGUGCAGGUGUCCAAUUGACUCCCAUUGCAACACGGCAAUUCAAAGCCUGGGGCCUUGAGACUCAGCUCCUGGCCGCCUCUGCUCUGCCUGAAGCCUGGAACCUACGUCAGGGUUCAGAUGGGGAGGUACUGAAUCGCGUGCAGAUGGAUAGAUUUGUAGAGUGGUAUGGUGCACCAUAUGUUGUUGUGCAUCGUGCAGAUUUGCAUAAAAUUCUGCAUGAAGCGGUCGCAGCGAGAGGUGUGGAUGUGCGUUUGAAUAGUCGUGUGGAAGAAUUUGGGAUUGAGCAGGGAUGGGUCAAGCUGAUGAGUGGAGAGACUCUGCUUGGUGACCUAGUGGUGGCGUGCGAUGGGAUCAACAGCUCAGCUCGAACACAGUUGCUGAAGAGCUUGGGAAGCAACACGCGCCAGGAAAACGAGCUGGAAGCCACAGGAUGGGCUGCAUAUAGGCUAAUGGUAGAUGUGGCGAAGGUCAGGCAAGAAUCCUUAACGAGGGACAUCGUGAGCGAGCAUGCUGGCAACUGUUGGUACAGUAAGAUAUCUCCGUUCCUGGUGUCUGUGCUAACAACACCCAGGACCGACACAAACAGGUCAAUUAUGACCUACAUGAUCCGCGAUUCUGGCAAGCUUAACAUGGUCUUGUCCCAUCCCGAUGAUGUCGAUACCAGCACUUGGACGCGGAAACAGUAUCUCGCCAAAAUCCAGAGCUACUAUGCCGAUAUGGACCCACGCGCCCUGCACCUUGUCAACCUCAGCACCGGUCCUAUCACUAAUUGGCCCGUCCAUCAAGUCGUCAAAUUGCCAGCAUGGACGUCCAGAAGUGGAAGGUUCGUGCUGAUCGGCGACGCUGCACACGCGAUGGCUUUCUACCUUAGCAUGGGCGUCUCGCUUGCCAUCGAAGAUGCUGCAGCGCUCACUACAGCCUUAGACCUGCAUGAAUCAAGUCCGAAGGGAACAUCAUUGGUAAAAUCGAUGAGGUUAUUCGAGAAUGUGCGGAAGCCAAGAGCUGAGAAAAUCAGAGAUGCGAGCCUACAUGCUGGGGCAAUGCUGCAUCUUCCGCCAGGGCUAGAGAAGAAUUUACGAGAUCAGUCUGCAAGGAACGAUUCCGCAGUACUUGAGGCGCAAACAGGCGACAUGUUACUGGACUGGAUCAGUUACGGUAUCACGGAUAAGCAGGUGAGAGAGGAAUGUUAUGGCUACGACGUGGUUACUGAGAUGCGGCGUCAUGCAACCAUCGGCAAGUUACACUAG